AUGCACCUGGAACUAGCAGGUGACCUUUCUUCAGUUGCGUUUAUCGCUGCGUUCAAACGUUUCACCAACCGAAGGGGCUACUGUCAGCAUAUCUACUCUGACAACGGAACGAAUUUCGUUGGCGCUGAAAGGGAGUUACGCAUCGCAUACGAACGCUGCAUCAGUGACGAUAAGUUGUCGUCGUACUUCACCGAUACGCAUACCACUUGGCAUUUUAAUCCACCCAGCGCCCCUCACAUGGGCGGUUAUUGGGAAGUGGGCAUAAAGCGCGUCAAGUAUCACUUAAAGCGUGCGCUGAAUUCAACACUCCUGGCUUAUGAAGAAUUUUCAACCGUGCUAACCGAGGUCGAGGCUUGUGUGAACUCUCGUCCUAUCUGCUGGAUAUCCACAAACAUUAACGAUUUGGAAGUCUUGACUCCCGGCCAUUUUUUAGUUGGCGAACCUUUGAAGACGCUCCCCGAUCCCGAUGUGGAAAUGUUCAAGGGUUCUCUUUUCCAACGAUGGCAGCUCAUCACGUCAAUAAGACAACACUUCUGGAAGCGCUGGCGUGACGAGUAUCUUGUAAACCUUCAGCAAAGAACAAAAUGGUUCCGCUCAACGCCAAAUCUGCAGAAGGACGAUGUGGUUGUCAUACACGAUAACAACGCCCCACCUACCAAAUGGAAACUUGGACGUGUACUUGAUAGCCACCCCGGCACCGACGAUCGCGUGCGUGUUGUCAGCUUAAAGACCGCAGAAGGUGAACUCUUGAGACCCAUUUCGAAACUAACGCUGCUGCCGACAAAAACUGAUAUAUUUACUACCUGA